GCCGAGUCAACAUGUCGGGAAGCGUUGCUGAAAGAGUUUUGUCUUAUCUAAGCAGAGCAUUACAAUUUCUACAACCGAAUAAGACGAACUGUGUGAACAUACGACGACCAUUCACUGCCAAACUGCAAGGUGAAGGUCAGAUCAGACCACUAGAUGGCGUUAAAGUCUUAGAUCUGACGAGGGUUCUUGCUGGACCUUUUGCUACUAUGAUAUUAGGAGAUUUGGGAGCUGAGGUGAUUAAAGUUGAGCGACCAGGCUCAGGAGACGAGACAAGAGCUUGGGGCCCUCCGUUUGUGGGUGAAGAGAGUGCUUAUUUCCUGAGUGUGAACAGGAACAAAAAGGGAUUUUCAGGACGAGCCUCUCUAGUCGAUUGACAUCAUUCUUCCUGGUCUUCUGUGGUUUUGCUGACCGUUUUGGUUUCUUUAAAUCUGUGGAUAUCAUUAUUUUUAUUUAUUAAAGAUGACUUCAUAUAUUCAUCCUCCAGAGAAUUCCC